AUGCAGUUCAACACGAUCGCGGCCCUGUUGGCCUCGCUAUCAGUUGUGGGAUCCGUUAAUGCAGUCAACAUCAUCUCUUCCAACGACGAUGGCUGGGCCGAGGUGAACAUUCGAGCUCUCUUUGACACCCUCACUGCUGGUGGUCACUCCGUUGUGGUAGCUGCACCAGCUGAGAAUCAGAGCGGAACCGGGUCCUCCCAAAAGACACCCACAACUCUCACCGAAGCCUGUGAAUUCAACAGCUGCCCUUCGGGUAGUCCAGCUGUGGGAUACAAUGCUUCCCAGCCUCGUCUGAAUUAUAUAAAUUCGUAUCCGGCGACGUCUAUGAAGUACGGCAUCAACUCGAUUGGCCCUCGGUUUUUCAAUGGUGCCCCCAAUCUCGCGGUCGCUGGUCCGAAUGUUGGAAACAACAUUGGCCUGGCAGUCUUGCUGUCCGGCACCGUUGGAGCGACCACCUAUGCUGCAUAUAAUGCGGGAAUCCCAGCUGUUGCAUUCUCUGGAGCUACCGGCUCCCAGACGGCAUGGAACGCUUCUGCAACCUACCCGGAUUACAGUCAAAUCUACGCAGAUCUUGCGCUCAACCUGACAGACCACCUAGUCACCUCUGGGGCACCUUAUCUCUCAAACAAUAUCUGGCUCAAUGUGAACUUCGGGGCCGUCUCUUCGGAAUGCAGCAAGGCCGAGGACUUUUCAUUCGUGCUUUCACGAAUCCAUGUCGCGAUUCCCCUCAUCACUGCCGACGACGUGACGACCUGUGGUAGCUCCCGGCUGCCGAGCGAGAUCGCAGUGUCUCUCAAAUCAGGUUGUUACGCAAGCGUGUCAGUCGGCGUGGCGGACACCAAGGGAGACGCGAACGCCACUAUGCAGGAGGUUGUUCUGAAGAAGCUGAGCACUCUCCUCACUUGCUUGCCGUAA